AUGAUAAAACCAACAACUGUGGAUGUGGAAGUCUACGAGUUUUGGGGGAUUGGUAUAGUUCGUUUUGCAAACUCUCUUUGCACUGGCAAUGAUGGCGUCCAAGGAACUUGUUACACAAAACGACAGUGUUUCGAAAUCGGAGGAGUCCCUGCAGGGCGCUGCGCAGCCAAUAUUGGCGUUUGCUGUGUCUUACAUAAAACCUGCGGUGGAGUUUCUUCAUAUAACAAUACUUACUUUGUUAGUAGCUCGUUCCCAAACACAGUUUCAGCUCCAUUGAGUUGCCCUUUCACAAUUAGAAAAUGCGGACCAGAAAUAUGCCAAGUGCGUAUUGACUUCCUAAACUUUAAUUUGGCACAACCAGAUGGUAAUGGGACCUGUUGUGUUGACGCAUUCAAUGUAGUUGGUGGUGCAUCAAUCAUUCCACCAAUCUGUGGUGAAAAUUCAGGUUCACACAUGUAUGUUGAUUUUAAUGGGGCUGAGGAUAUCAAACUGCUUGUGCAGCUUGGCGCAGCAUCAACGCAAUCACGUUCUUGGAAGUUAAAAAUCUCACAAAUUGAUUGUGAGUGUCCUACGAGGGCACCUUCAGGAUGUUUUCAGUAUUAUACUGCAUUAUCCGGAAUAGUUCGUAGUCUUAACUAUGGCCAAACAGCUAGUAGUGUAAUUAAUGCUAACGGAGUAAUAGGUACAAAUCAAAUAGCUAAUACAAACUAUGGAAUCUGCGUCGCCAUGACACCUGGAUACUGCUCCAUUACAUGGAGUCCUGUAGCAAGUGAUCUUUAUUCGUUUACUGUGUCAGGCGACACAACUGCUGCGAUUAUAGAUGGUACAAUUGCCACUAGUGCUGCGUAUCUUAAUGGUACCAAUUGUACAGGUGAUUUUAUAAUCAUACCCAAUGGUAGCGUGAAUGGUGUACCUACACUUGUGGACAGAUAUUGUGGUAAUGGUCUACCUGCAAUUACUACAUCAUCAAAGCCAUUUGUUUUGACUGCUGUUACCAACGCAACUGAAGGUGCCACCACAUCAGGCAAUCGUGGAUUCCAUUGUUAA